CGUUUUCUCUCUCUCUCUCUCUCUCUCUCUCUCUCUCUCUCUCUCUCUCUCUAUCACCGACGAUCGUCGCCGUCGCGGAGUGAUCGGGGAAUGCGAUCGGUCGGAAGCCGCCGGUUCUUCUUCUUCUUCCGCCGCAGCAAUUCCGCCCCGCGAGCUCGCUUCCCCUUGCGCCCUCCGGCCUCCGGAUAGCGUCUCCGGCCGUUCCACUGACGGGAAGAGGCGGCGCGGGAUCGGCGGCCUGUCUUCCUUUCUCCGGUGAUCCUUACUCGUUCGCCAAUGAAUCGAUCGACUGUCAGGUGAUGAGCAUGAGCUGCUGAAGCAAAGCCAGCGCGCGAGUACAGGAGGAGGAGGCUGCCUCUGCGGUUGCGGACGAUCGAUCGGAGCAGCGAUGCUGGAUCUUAACCUCAAUGUCCGCUCCGCGGAGAGCUCUUAUCAGGACGAGAAGCUAUCGGACGUCUCGGCGAAUCAGAUGGACGAAUCGGGGACAUCGAACUCAUCGAUCGUCAAUGCCGACGCCGGCGACGACGAGUCGUCCUCCGCACGCGCCGGCGACCUGCACACCUUCCAGUUCGGCAUCGUGAAGGUCGACGGGGGGCGGAGCGACUCCGUCGAGACGAAGGAGCUGUUCCCUCUGAAAGGAGAAGAGUGUUCUCCUGGGGAGAGGCCGAUGGAGCUUUCCUUUGGUAAUGGCGGCAGCGGACGUGGAGGGAGUCACGCGCGUGUAGUAAUGCCGCAACAGCAAUCGCAGCAAGCGAAGAAGAGCAGGAGAGGUCCGAAGUCGAAGAGCUCGGAGUUCAGAGGAGUCACGUUUUACCGGAGGACUGGACGAUGGGAAUCGCAUAUCUGGGACUGUGGAAAACAGGUAUAUUUAGGUGGAUUUGACACAGCUCAGGCCGCAGCCAGAGCCUAUGAUCGGGCUGCCAUUAAAUUCAGAGGAGUUGAUGCGGACAUCAACUUCCAAAUGAAUGACUACGAGGAGGAUCUCAAGCAGAUGAAGACUCUAUCCAAGGAAGAAUUUGUCCACAUUCUUCGUAGACAGAGCACUGGCUUUUCAAGAGGGAGUUCCAAAUAUCGAGGCGUGACGUUGCACAAGUGUGGUCGGUGGGAGGCUAGAAUGGGACAAUUUCUUGGCAAGAAGUAUAUAUACCUUGGGCUAUUCGACAGCGAAGUAGAAGCUGCAAGGGCUUAUGACAAGGCAGCAAUCAGAUACAAUGGAAGAGAAGCUGUCACCAACUUUGAAUCAAGUUCUUAUGAAGGGCAGAUGAUUCCUGUGGCCAUGAAUGAAGAUAGUGACCAUAAUCUGGAACUGAACUUGGGGAUAUCAGCCCCUUCUUUUGGAAGUUCAUUGAAGGGUACUGAUGCGCACCUACCAUUCCAUGCUGAGACAUUUUCAGGGAUCCGUAAUUUUGCUUCAGCAAUACUAGUUGACCCGCCACUUGGAGGGUUAGCAAUGACAUCCCAGCAUCAUUCUUCUCGGGACCGUGUAUACCCUAGUUUCUUCUCAAAUGAGGAAAGAGAUACUGAGCAGAGAAAUGAAGUCCCUUCCUCACAAGGAUUGCACUGGGCCCGGCCAAUGCGUGACCAAGUCAGUAGCAGUGCCACUCCAAUGCCAACAUACUCGACUGCAGCAUCAUCAGGAUUCCCAUUUUCAGUCCCUCCUUGCUCCGCUGCCAUGCUUGCAUCACCAAUGUCUCGUCUCCCUCCUUCCGAUACGGUUGCCUCCAAUUCCCUUCGAUGCAACUAUCAGAUGACGUCUCCAUGGCCGCCGACAUAAGUUUUCUUGUCUAUGAUGAACCUACGGCAAAAACAACUAAUAUCCUGGUCUUCAUAGUUUCCUGUAUCGUUCGGGUUGACAUCGCACUCAUAGAAUUUGUUUUCUGACUCCUUAACAUGCAAUUGUUUUGUGCAGAUAGUGACACGAAAGGCAAAACUCAUUUUGAUUCCACUUGUAAUAUCAUUCAUGGUUAGAUGUGCUCAUUUGCUCCCCA